CCUGCCUUCUGCUCACCCCUGUCCUGCACACAGAUACAGACCUGCCUUCUGCAACCCUCUGUCCUGCACACAGAUACACACCUGCCUUCUGCAACCCUCUGUCCUGCACACAGAUAUACACCUGUCUUUAUCUACAAAUAACUUCAGCUGAGAUAUAAACCUGUCUGUAUCCACACAUAACCUCACCUGGAUAUACACCUGUCUUUAUCCACAUAUAACCUCACCUGGAUAUACACCUGUCUGUAUCCACAUAUAACCUCACCUGGAUAUACGCCUGUCUGUAUCCACAUAUAACCUCACCUGGAUAUACACCUGUCUGUAUCCACAUAUAACCUCACCUGAGAUAUACAACUGGAUUCUGAAGAUUAGUUUCUCUUACCUGGGACAAUGGGUAGGAGAUCAGAACUACGAUUAAGAUUAUCAAUGUAUGCCUUGCUUUUUUACUACGGUAAGUCAGGGGAUAUUGCUGACAUUUUAUUGUUGUUACAACUAAGAUUUUUGCCAUUUAUUAUAUGCUCAUUAUUGGUUUUAUCAUUAUUUUUCCACUGGUUAGUUUUUUUCUGCUUACAUUUGUAUUUAUGAUAUUUUAUACAGAGAGAACAAAUAAUAUAAAUAGAUGAGCUAUACAGAAGAACCAGAGGUUAAGAAUUCUCUAAACAUUAUGUACCACAAGGCUAAUGGUGAAGUAGUUGGCACAUUUUUCCAGAACACAAUAAUUUUUUUCUGGAUUUGAAAUGAUACCAAGUGCUCACAAACAACCAAACAAACAUCACUUUUAUUGCAAACUGAUCUGCUCAAAGAGAACAUUAUAAAGCCGUAAUUCCAUAUUUCUGAGUUGAUAUUUAAAAGAAAAAAAACAAGAAAAUUGUUUCUGCCACAUACGUAUUUCAACCCUCGUGUCAAUAUUUAGUGGAGCCACCUUUUGCUGAAAUAACACUUUUAUGUCUUUUGGGAUAAAUAUCUAUAUUUUUUUCCCAUUCUUUGCAAAUGAGUUAGGUUGGUUGGGUGACGCUUGUGAAUUGCAGGUUUCAAAUUGUGCCACUAAUUCUGAGUUGGAUUACGAGCAGGGCUCUGACAGAGCUAGUGUAGGAUAUUUGUGUUCUUGAGUUAUUUCAAAGUUACCUUUGCCUUGUGCUUAGGAUCCUGUUCUGCUGAAAUGUGAACUUUGGCCCAAUCAUUAGCUAUUUCACAGACUGAAAGAGAUAAUUAAUAAUAGCUUGUAGCUAGUCAUAGCUACUAGGUUUUAUUAAUUAUUUAUUUAUGAAAUAUUUUACCAGGAAAGAUACAUUGAGAUUUAUCUUGUUUUCAAGUAUGUCCUGUGUCCACAAAACAUUGCAUUGAUACAAUAGGGUACAAUCAAAUACAAAAACAAUAUUAAUACACAAUAUAUACAAAAUGUAAUAUAGAACAGGUAGGAAAUAUAUAAUCACCCAUGAUAGGUGCAUUCUGUUUUGAGGUAUGUAGAGAGGGAUCUCUUAAAGGACUCUAGGCUUGGGGAAGAUUUGAAAGUGUGCGGGAGUUCGUUCCAUAAUUGCGGUUCUCUGUAGAAAAAGGAGGAUCCGAGCCGCUUUCUUUUUGUAUUGAGGUAUACUAAAUAAAGUGCUGGUACUGGAUCGGAGGUUAUAGGAGGUGGGAAAAGCAUUCUGCUCAGGUAGGGUGGUAGCUUUCCAGAAAAACACAAGGCUGGAAAGAUGAAGGGUGCAUCUGAAUUUCAGCGUCAACCAGUUUAGUUAUUUUAGCAUUUCACAGUGGUGGGUCCUGUAAUUACAUUGUAGCACAAAUCAGCAGAACGAGUUAUACAAUGUAUUGAGUUUAUUAAGGUGGGUUUGCGGUGCAGGUGCAUAUACUACAUCCCCAUAAUCAAUUAUUGGCAUCAGCAUUUGCUGUACCAUCUUUUCCUUUACUGUAGGGCUUAGGCAGGAUUUGUUUCUGUACAGGGCACCUAGUUUUGAAUAAAGUUUAGAUGAAAGCUUUUCUAUAUGGAGGCCAAAAGAUAGAUUGGGGUCUAAUAUCAUACCCAAGUAUUUAAAAGAGUGGACUGCGGUCAGUGUACUAUUUGAAUUUGUUUUGAUGGAUAGGUGGGAAUCGUGUAAUUUGUGUAAUUUAGGUACUGUUCUGAAGAUCAUUGUGACGGUUUUGUCAGUGUUUAGGAAGAGUUUGUUUUUUGCGAUCCACUUUUCUACCUCUGUAAACUGGUCUUGGAUCACAGCUUCAAGCUGCGGUAGAUUGGAUUUGCUUGCAUAGAUUACUGUGUCGUCUGCGUACAUGUGUACAUUUGAGGAUUUGUAGACAUUAGGCAGAUCAUUUAUAAAUAAUGUGAAUAGUAGGGGGCCGAGAAUGGAACCUUGGGGAACACGACACCUGACUGGGAGAGGGAGGGAGUCGCUGUCAGAAAUGGACACAUAUUGCGAGCGAUCCGAUACAUAUGAUCGAAACCAGGUUAGCGGACAAUCACCAACACCUGAGUUUUUGGGUUUGUGCAGUAGAAUGUCGUGGUCUAUGGUGUCAAGGGCCAUUGCAAAAUCAAUGAAAAUAGCUCCAGUUAGGUCUCCUUGUUCCAUGCCAGUUUGGAUGUCAUUGCAAACUUUUAAGAGAGCAGUUGUAGUGGAGUGAUUCGGGCGAAAACCCGAUUGAUCAGGGAUCAGAUAGUUUGAUUGUUGGUAAUACUCACAUAGUUGCGUAUGGACACAUUUUUCUAAAUUUUUGACAAUACUGGGAGCAAUGAUAUUGGGCGAUAGUUGGAAACCAAAGUAGUGUCACCCCUUUUAUGGAUAGGCAUUACUCUCGCAGUCUUCCAAAGUUUUGGUAUGUACCCAGACACCAAGGAUUUGUUAAUUAGGGUUGUGACAGGUUUAGCAAUUGCCGGCGCACUGAGCUUCAACAGCAUUGCUGGGAUAUGAUCAGGGCCAGACUGGUUUUUCAUUUUUAGAUUAUUAAGGUGUUUUUUAAUGACACUAACAGGUACAGGUCUAAAAAUGAACUUGUCUAUAUUGGGUCUUUGCAAAUUUAGUUGGGCCUGAUUCACAUUUGUAGUUUCAGGAUGCGUGUCAUUUAUUAGCUUGGCAAAAUUUUGUUUGUUUUGUGCAUAUAUUUCGCCAUUGUCUAUAUGCACAUUGAUCGUUCAUAGAGCCAGUACGCUUGAAAUUUGACCACAAUGAAUCCCAAAACUGGUACAAUUGGAUGAGGUCAGCUGUGAUCCAGUUUAUAUGUGCCCCUUUUACUCUCACCUAACGCAGCGGGGCACACCCUUCUACCCUUGACGCUACUUUUUUCCUCCAAUAACGUCUACUUCCAACGAUACCGACCACUCACAGAUCAGUUACUUGUUGAUAAAGCACAGAAACACACAUUGUAUAAGUUGUCACCAUAGCAACCACACAUUGCUGGUAAAAAUAUUCACUGUGACCUUAGCAGGCGAUAGCGACACUGUAUACAAUGUAUUAAACUGUGAUUAUAUGUUAUGCCAGAUACAUAGCUACAAAAAAACAUUGAGGUUAAUUUCUGCUCUGUGACUUGUUCAUUUCAGUCACACAUGCACUUUAUUUAUAUAAAGAAUAAUUUUAUCAUUUAUUUCAUGUGUCAGUUCUUUAAUGUUAUUGUUGUUUGAUAUGUUUACCAUGCUAAAGACUUAUUUUAAAGGAACGCUAUAGUGUUAGGAAUACAAAUAUGUAUUCCGAACGCUAUAGAGCCAUAGUCGCCGUUUAGGUGACUAGGGCCCUGUUCCAUGAUGAAUAAAGGGUUAAUUAACCAUUUCUUUGCUCCCUUGGCACCGGUAACCUCUGGAGCCGAAUGCGCAUGCUUUCCUAUGGGGAUCUUUUUUGACACUGGACUCUGUGAGUCAGUGCGAUUUACUCCAUGUUAAUCUUAGAAGAGCCUCUAGUGGCUGUCAGGGAGACAACCACUAGAGGCUGGAUUAACCCUGAAAUGUAAUCAUAGCAGUUUCUCUGAAACUGCUAUGUUUUUAGUAGCAGGGUUAAAACUAGUGGGACCUGGCACCCAGACCACGUCAUUGAGCUAAAGUGGUCUGGAUGCAUAAAGUGGUCGUUUAAGCGUUGAUGCUUAUCAGCAGCUGUUAAACAAUAGCGGCAGGACUGGAAACAAAUAGAAACCAGUUACUGAGUAGCAGUUGUGGUUCCCAUAGAGAAUAAUAGGAGUUGGGUACAGUGGCGAAUCCAGAGCCUGAUCUCGGGAGGGGCACUUGUAGAUUAUUUAAAGAAAUAAUCCAGGCACAAUAACCACUACAGCUCAGUGUAGUAGUUAUGGCGCCAGUAGUGCCAGGAUCCCAUACCAGAGUAAGUAGUCAAACCGUUUAAGAACAGUUUGACAACUUACCUGGGGUCUGCUAUGAUAUAAGGCAUAGGAGCAGUGGUAUGUGUUAGGAGUGAAGUGUGUGUGAAAGGUGCAGUGUGUGUGUGAGCGGUGAAGUGUGUGUGCGAGUGCGUGAGGGCGGCAGUGUAAGUCAGGGUUACAGUGUGUGUGUUAGGGGGCAGUGUAUGUGUGGGGCAGUGUAUGUGUGUGUGAGAGCUGCAGUGUGUAUGUGAGGGUGGCAGUGUGUGAAAGAGUUGCAGUGUGUGUGUGUUUGGGGCAGUGUGUGUAUGGGGGGCUGUGUGUGUAGUGUGUGUAUGAGGGCAGUGUCUGUAUGGGGGCAGUUUGUGUAUGGGUGUGCAGUGUGUAUGGGUGUGCAGUGUGUGUAUGGGGGGCAGUGUUUGUGGGGCAGUGUGUGUAUGCGGGCAGUGUUUGUGGGGCAGUGUGUGUAUGGGGUGCAGUGUUUGUGGGACAGUGUUUGUGGGGCAGUGUAUGUAGUGUUUGUAGGGGGGCAGUGUUUGUGGGUCAGUGUGUGUAGUGUAUGUAUGGGGGCAGUGUAUGUAGUGUGUGUAUGGAGGGCAGUGUUUGUGGGGCAGUGUUUGUGGUGCAGUGUGUGUAUGGGUGUGCAGUGUGUGUAUGGGGGCAGUGUGUGUAUGGGGCAGUGUGUGUAGUGUUUGUAGGGGACAGUGUGUGGUGUGUGUAUGGGGGGCAGUGUUUGUGGGGCAGUGUGUGUAGUGUGUGUAUGGGGGCAGUGUUUGUGGGGCAGUGUGUGUAGUGUGUGUAUGGGGCAGUGUUUGUGGGGCAGUGUGUGUAUGGGGGGCAGUGUGUGCAGUAUGUGUAUGGGGCAAUGUUUGUGGGGCAGUGUGUGUAUGGGUGUGCAGUGUGUGCAUGGAGGCAGUGUGUGUAUGGGUGUGCAGUGUGUGUAUGGGGGGCAAUGUUUGUGGGGCAGUGUGUGUUUGAGUGUGCAGUGUGUAUGGGUGUGCAGUGUGUGUAUGCGGGCAGUGUUUGUGGGGCAGUGUGUGUAUGGGGUGCAGUGUUUGUGGGACAGUGUUUGUGGGGCAGUGUGUGUAGUGUGUGUAUGGGGGCAGUGUUUUUGGGGCAGUAUGUGUAGUGUGUGUAUGGGGCAGUGUGUGUAGUGUGUGUAUGGGGGCAGUGUUUGUGGGGCAGUGUGUGUACUGUGUGUAUGGGGACAGUGUUUGUGGGGCAGUGUGUGUAUGGGGGCAGUGUUUGUGGGGCAGUGUGUGUAGUGUAUGUAUGGGGGCAGUGUUUGUGGGGCAGUGUGUGUAGUGUGUGUAUGGGGACAGUGUUUGUGGGACAGUGUGUGUAGUCAGUGGUGUAUCCUGGUUUUGUGCUGCCCUAGGCAGGACAAAACUCAGGCGCCCCCCUCCCCCCCGCGCCACCCGCACCCAACCCUUCCCCCCGCCCCACCUUCUAAAUACACAUACACACACAGUCAGACACAAACACACACACACACACACAGUCAAACACAUACACAAACACACACACAGUCAGACACAUACACAAACACACACACAGUCAGACACAAACACACACACACACUUUUUUUUUAAUUUAAAUCCCCCCCCAACCUCCUUACCUUUGGGAGUGCUGGGGGGGGGGUCUCUCUCCCUGGUGGUCCAGUGGCUGCAGGGCGGGCGGCGCUGGCAGGCGGGCGGGCGGCCGGCGAGGGAGCACUUCCCAUGAGCUGACUGCUCAGCUCCCUCGCGCGUCGGCUGCAGAGUGAGGCUGGGAGCCGGAAGAUGACGUCAUCUUCCGGUUCCCAGCCUCACUCUGCAGCCGACGCGCGAGGGAGCUGAGCAGUCAGCUCAUGGGAAGUGCUCCCUCGCCGGCCGCCUGGGAUGUCAGUUAGCCGCAUGGCUAACAAGGCAUCUGCCCUGGGCAUUUGGGGGGCGGCGUUUUUUGCCGCCCCCUGAAAAAUGCCGCCCAAGGCAAAUGCCUUGUUUGCCUCGCGGCUAAUACGUCCCUGUGUGUAGUGUGUGUAUGGGGGCAGUGUUUGUGGGGCAGUGUGUGUAGUGUGUCUAUUGGGGCAGUGUUUGUAGUGUGUGCAUGGGGGCAGUGUUUGUGGGGCAGUGUGUGUAGUGUGUGUAUGGGGGGCAGUGCUUGUGGGCCAGUGUGUGCAGUGUGUGUUUGUGGGUCAGUGUGUGCAGUGUGUGUAUAGGGGGCAGUGUUUGUAGGGCAGUGUGUGUAUUGUGUGUGUGGGGGCAGUGUUUGUGGGGCAGUGUGUGUAUGGGGGAAAGGAGGGUAGGGAGGCUUUUUAAUUUUUUUAAUUAUUUAAUAAAAUAAAUAUACUUUAUGUCCCCCCUCCCUUUACCUUUACAUUUCUCGGUCCCUGGUGGUCCGGUGGGGAAUCCCUGGUGGUCCCAGUGGUGGUGAGGAUAACUCUAGCCCGCACUACAGGGCUAGUGCUCGCGAGAGGAGGACCCGGAGGAGCUGCAGGCUGGGCUCCCGGGUCCUCUCUCCUCCCUCUCCCUGAUCUCUGAACUCUGAUCUCCCUUCUCGGUCCGCAGACACGUUGCAGGGCUGGUGUUUGGACAAUGCCAGCCCUGCAGUAGCCGACAGGGGAGAAUCUCGGUAGGGGCGAUUGCCCCGUUGCCCCUCCCUGCAUCCACCACUGGUUGGGUAUCACUUGUCAGUGACAGGCUUUAAGCAGCAGCGGCUGGUGACAAGUGUUGCUACUAGUGACAUUUUGCAGGGAUUAUAUAUGUUGGAUGUUGUUUUUGGUGUAGCAGAGUGUUUCUGAAUUUGUAAUAGACUUGAGGUUUGAUUUUAAGUUAAUGUUUUAUUAUUAUCAUUAUUAUUAUUAUGAUAUUUAUAGAGCGCCGUCAAAUUCCGCAGCGCUUUACAAUGGGUGGACGAACAGACAUGUAGUUGUAACCAGACAAGUUGGACACACAGGAACAGAGAGGUUGAGGGCCCUGCUCAAUGAGCUUACAUGCUAGAGGGAGUGGGGUAAAAUGACACAAAAAGGUAAGGAUAGUAUUAGACUAAUGACAGUUGCAGAAGAGGAAUUAGUCAGGAGCUAUUAACAGUUUAAUUGAUACGCUUUUAUGAAGAAGUGGGUUUCUAACGAUUUUUUGAAGGAGUGGAGGAGUGGGUGAGCAUCUAACGGAGGAGGGAAGCGAGUUCCACAGGAACGGUGCAGCCCUCGAGAAAUCUUGAAGGCGAGCAUCAGAGGUGGGAGUACGGACAGAAGAUAGGCGUAAGUCUUCAGCAGAUCGUAAGGGCCUAGACGGGACAUACUUGUGUAUAAGGGAGGAUAGAUAGGUGGGAGCAGCAUUAUGUAGCGAUUUGAAAGCAAGAACCAGAAUUUUAAAUUGAGCUCUAUAUUUUAUAGGAAGCCAAUGUAGGGACUGACAGAAGGGUGAGGCACUGGUUUAUGAUCUCCAAAUGUCAGGGUGUGACGCCACUUAAGAAAAGAACAUAAAUCAAAUCCCGCAGUUUUGAUACUAUCACUGGGAAGCUACGUUUAGCAUUUAAAGUGCUGGGGACUAAGAUUUGUUUGUGUCUCUGUUUGCUCUCUAGAGAAGUAUGCAAGGUUUUUGAAAAGAGAGAAUGGCCAAUAGAUGUUUUAUAGUCUAUCGAAAGAGCUUGACCUCACCCUCUAAAUAUGCUGUUUGUCUCAAAACAAAUCACAAGAUUAACUGUUUAUUUAUUCAUGAAAGGGUACAGAAAUUACCAGUCAAAAACGAUAUCAUAUUUUUCAUUUUUCCACGAAAUGUAUUUUGGAUUUCUGGUUUAAAUUCUAGUUGGUAAAAGAAAAAAGGACAAGAUACCCAUUCCCCGCCCCCCACCUCCCCCCUAAACAGUGAAGUACAGUCUUAUAGCUUUGCCAUUGUGACACGGGGAGAUUUACCCUCUCUCUAUAUAUAUGGGUGUGAUUUGGUCCUCCCAGAACCCAUAUAUAUAUAUAUAUAGUAUGUUGGGCACAGUGUGCUGGGAUACAGUGUGCUAGGUAUGAUGUGCUAAAUCUAUUGUGCUUGGUUCUGUGUGCUGGGUACAAUAUGGCAAAGCCAUGAUUGUACCUUGGAGAAUGUUUCAUGUUUAUCCAUGUUUACCAUUCGGAUAUCAAUGCACUAAAAGUUGGCGUUCAGUGAUUAAACCCCUGUGUCACACCGUUGUUCACUAAAGCGUGAAUUGUGUGGGUUUCAAAGUGAAUUCAAAUUUUUAGACCCAAAUAAAACCAUAGCUGACGUUGAAUGUUUGCAAUACUGCUUUUGUAGCCUGAAGUUUGGAUUUCAGUCUUAAUUUCCAUAGCAUUUCCUACAAUUUGCAUUUUAAGAGAUAGCCCUGUGAUAAUGACUGCCUCCUCGGUUUGUUUUGUGUUGACUUGUUAAUGAUGGUUUUCUGUAAUUCCAUCCUGAACACCUGCGGGCGGUUCAUUUAUAUCUCACACCUGCUCGUUCCUAAAACAGGCUGUUUGUAUCGUAGGAGCUGGCUGUAUACACUAGCUGUGUCAGACACUACCAACUGGGCUUUAACUUCUCCUCCUGUUCAUGUUCGGACACAGAACCACACUAUACAAUUAUAGAGGAAUGGACGUGUUGCUGAAAUUACCCCAUUAUUUCCCCUAGGAACACAUUUUGUGCAUUUAAAGUACAAUCUAUUUUAUUUACAGUCUAAAGAGUUACUCAAAGCACCAUAACAAUUUUGCAUCAUUUUAUAGUUUAGGAAUCAGAGAGUACCCAGCACCUAAUCUCCUAUCAACUCUGAGAGGAACGCAGCUAUUUGAUAGCUCUCCUGAGCACCUCAGACCAGAUUAAGGACUCCUCACUAGAAGAAGCUCUUUUUGUUGAGGAAGGGAUCUGUCUGAAGCUGUGUUCUACUUCUCUAAGUUGUGCAGGUUCAGGAAAGUAAGAUCUUUCAGAAUUUUCAAAAAAAAAAUAUUUUAUUUAUUUAUUUAUUUGCAAUAAGUAUGUAAUGCAUUACAAUCAGUUGACCAUUUCUCCUGAAAAGAGAACUGUUACAACGUACUUUUAAUGUUGUGGUAUAGUUAAGGGACACUUCAGUCACCUAAAAUACUUCAGCUUGCUGAUGUGCUUAAAAGGGAUUCUAUAGUGCCAGCAAAACAAAGCUGUGCUCACAUUAGGAUUUCCCCAUAGGAAAGCAUUAUUCAAUCCUAUUAUUAUUAUUCAACGCUUUCCUAUGGGAUUCCGGUGGCACUGGAAGUCCUUGUGCAUUACGUGAGAACGUCCAGGUCAUUUAGGCGACCAAAAGUCGCCUAAAGACCCAGAGGUCCCUCUAGUGGCUGUCUGGUAGGCAGCCAGUAGAGGAGGAAUUAACCCUCAGAGAGAAUUUUUGCACUUUCUCAGAUACUGCAAUAAAUUCCAGUGUAGGGUUAAGGGACCUGGGACAGUGCACCCAGACCACUUCAAUGAGCUGAAGUGGUCUGGAUGCCUACAGUGUCCUUUUAAGGAAUAACUGUAUGUCCUUGCAGUCUUAGGUCUUAGCUGUAGUAGUAGUUUGAACUGCAGUUUAUAGUGGAAGUGAGUCAUUUUACUAGAGAAGCAAUGGUUUCAAUAUUGGUGACUGACGCCCAUUUGCAGUGUGUCCUAAUACCGCUAAUACAAGAAGCAUCUGAUUGGACACAAGUCAUGACUUCAUUGAAGGAAGGCCAGAGUUACCUAUAAUCAAUGUGUGAUGAUAUUGAAUGUAACAUUACCAAGUCAAACUAAUUUCUGAGUAUGGAAGCCUCUCUGUUGGCUGUCAGGAAGAAAGCCACUACAUGUGUGUUUAACCUAAAAUGAAAACAUUACUGUAUUUUCAAAAUGGCAAAUAUUAUUAUUAACACACCAGGGGCACUGCACCCAGAUCAUUGAGAUGAAGUGGUCUGGGUGACUUUAGUGUAACUUUAACUUUUCAGUCUCCCAGGGAAAUUAAUUUUGGUCCAGGUAUAUUUUGGACUGGACGGGAUUAAUGACAGUUUGUGGAUAAUAAAUAAACAUUAGUGUUUGUUUGUGUGCAUUUGUCUGUGUGUAUUUGUUAUAUAUGUCUGUCUGUGUGUGUAUGUACAUUUUGCAAACAGACUUUACAUUUUAAUAGCCAUCAAUGGCUGUACUAUUUAUCAAGGACAAUAUGGCAUUAUUUCUACAGAUAACACAGGAAACAGAUAGAACAGUCAUAAGGGCACCCACGCCAUUACUUUCACUGAAUUUAGUAAUAGGCCAUCUGCGCAUCCUUGCUUUCAAAAAUGACGUGCUCAACAAAUAACAGGGAGUUUUGUUCCCCUUGAUAGAGAUUAAAUAAAAAGACUUAAAAUAUAUAUAUAUUUUUUAAAAUCAAAGUCCUUGUUUCAAUCCUCCUGAAAGGAUGCACACUGUGCUAGCUUCACUUUUGCAUCCAAGUGUGAGUCCACUCCAAAGUAAUUAUUUAAAUAGCACCAACAUACCUUGCAUACACACUGCUCAAACGCGAACGAAGAAUCAAAAGAUUAUAAUAUUGUAAUAUCAGGACAGACAGACAUAUAAAGGCAAUUAAAAUAUACAAAUGUUAGAGUCAUUAAAUUCAAUUUAAAAAAAUAACUAAGUAAAUACAUUAUAUAUACAGUAUCUCACAAAAGUGAGUACACCCCUCACAUUUUUGUAAAUAUUUUAUUAUAUCUUUUCAUGUGACACUGAAAAAAUGACACUCUGCUACAAUGUAAAGUAGUAAGUGUACAGCCUGUAUAACAGUGUAAAGUUGCUAUCCCCUCAAAAUAACUCAACAUGCAGCCAUUAAUGUCUAAACCGUUGGCAACAAAAGUAAGUACACCCAUAAAGGAGAAAGUGAACAGUCCCUCUGCAGAGAUGAAGUGGGACAGAAUGGAGGUCUUGGAGAUAUAUUUUGGGGAAAGGCAUUUUAUGUCCUCUUUUCUGUUAUAGUCACUGAGGGGACCUAGGGAGUUUCCAUUUGGGACAGACAAUAGAUAAGAACCGACAUCACUUUGUUCUGACAUCGAUUUGCCAGUAAUGAAGUUAACAUGUUGGUAAUAGCUGUCCUUAGAAUGGCCAGGUUAAACGAUCAGCAGAGUCAGUAUAUCAAGCUGAGGUCAAGGGAUUACAGAGGUGAGGAAUAUCGAAGAAACAAGCCGAGGUCAAAGGAGUACUGAGGACAGGAUAAACGUUAUACAAGAGCCAGACAAAAUACCAAACAAGGCACACGAAGAACACGCUAUUGGGCUAACAAGAAACCACCACAGAGCAACAAGGAAUGAGAGAGGUAAGUAUAUAUAGGCCUAACUUAACAGUGAUUGGUUGAACUAUGUUUAGAAUUAACCACUAUUCGUGCAGAGUACAUGACCCUCCUAAACUGACUCCUGACGUCAUCGAUAUGUGCCGAACCACGUAGGUCAUUCGGCUGCAUAUACAAACAUGCUGCAUGCAAGCGUGAAGCGUCCGUCAAAAUGAGGGAGGGGAUCGCGGCAUUCGGAGUCGGGCCAUCGGGUAAGCAAGCUAAAAGCCUAACAGGUGUGUUUGUGGUGUACUGGUUGGCUUAGGAGGUCUUCCCAAGCAGGUACGUAGGUAUGGUGGGAGAAAGGAGGGACUAGGAGGGAUUUGUUACUGUUACACCCACAAUGCUCUGCUGAUGACUGUGCUUGCAUACUGGAGAGGAGGAAGGUAACCAAUUAACAGCUGCUAAAGCACUUGAAUUAAAUUUAUAUUUAUGAAAAACAAUAUUUCAGUUUUGUUGGGAGCCUUGUCUUUCAAACAAACGUUUUUAUUUAGAAUGUCAAGCAUAAAAACACUACAAGAACAUUAAUAAUAAAAUAUUCUAUAGGAUGUUAUAAAAUGUAAAGUGUUGUGUAUGACAGGAAAUACGUUUCAAGGUGACAUUCUCUUUUCUUACAACCAAACCAUGGAUGUCUUUCUUAAUAUAAUGCUGUAAGUAGGUUAAAGUGUAAUAAGUAUGGACAAUAAAUGUGGUCAUGAAGAGUUAUAGACUCAGUCUCCGUGUCAAGUAACAGCUAUGGUGAGCCAUUAAAACAAGCAAUCAAAAAGGUAACAUAAAACAAUAACAAAACUGUAAAAAGUAACAUGAGGCUGCCUGUAAAAUGGGGGGUCUUUGUGGUGUAGUGGUAUCUUUGCAUGGGGUUACAACCAGCCAUCACCUCAGAGGAGAACCAAGUUGUUUACUCUAAUAUUGUUUUAAGUUUAUCCUGAAAGGACAAGUCUAAAGUAGAGUGUUAAGACACCCCUGGCCCAGAGGAGUGAAACCGCCACUUAGUUGAGCUUCCCCUCUUCAGUAAUGCAGGCUCAAUUCGUAUAGACCUCAAACACACGAACUGAAGCCAAUCUCCUGAACUGUAUCUGUACUAGUCCUCCAAACUCCCGAACAGUAAGCCCACGAAUAGCGGCUAACAGCCGAACAGAUAUAAUCUCCAAGCGGCUUACGUUUCCAGCAAUCAGUCGCUAACUGUGUGUAGUAAAUCCCCCCAAUAACGAGACCAAGCUCCGCAUUGAGGGUAAAACAAGAACUGGCUUUACUGUGGGCUACCCGCCCGUAUUUAUGCAGGUCUCCCACUUGGUGGACACUCAUCUAGGGGACCAAAUGGGAGACUGUAACCAAGGACAGACAUGUAUCAAUUUAGGACAGUCACAAAAUAUUCCCACAAUGCAUCCUGGCUUCCUCCCCUCUGCCCUGGAGAUAAUUGAGAAGUAAUUCAAUUAUCUCCCAGGACAAAGGCAAAUCGCCAUUAUGCACGUGGGGAUGCUAGAAUAGGAAUUAUUAUUAAAAUACACUAUAUGACCAAAGUUGCAAUAAAUAUACACAUUUAACAUAGCCCCAGAUAGCUCAGGUCUGAGCGCACAUUAUUAAGCGAAUGGCGCUCAGACCACACGAAUACAGUUUAAUCACCAUGGAGCCAAAGUCUUUAAUUCCACGAACAGUCUCCAUGGCAGGCUAUCUGGGUAUUUUCCACUGAAUACAUUUUAAUACUAAAAAGUCCCGAACGCUCCGUUGUUCAGUUCCCGAACGGGCUGGAGACCCACCGGCUCAGCGGGGCUUUGAAAGGAACGUAUCCGCUUUUGGUGUUCUGCCGCUGGCUAGGACAAGCACAGAUGACCCGGGAGGCUUCCAUAACACCGCCAUCGUGUGGCAGCUAAGUGUAACCGUGACCACCCAGUAAUUGUCAAUUAGGCUCCGGUUAACCGCAGAUACUGGGUGGUCAAUUGACUGCACACGCCAGCCUCCCGGUGGUUGCGUUAUCGGUAGCCGUUCGGUAAGUACGUGGGGAAACAAGGGUGGUGUACGGGCGAGGAAAUAGCUGAACAAACAGAUGAACAGAGGAAGAUGCAAUAUACUCUCAAAGACAGAUGGUUCUGUUACAUAGAGAUAUAACUUUUUUUGGAAAGAUUUAGCCAUUGAUUCUUUCAUUGAUACUUUUUGUUAAAGUGUCUAGCCAAUCCAUUUUAAAGAAGAAAUUAAGCUUAGUCUGAAGUAGGGUAAGUGGAGGUGUAUACUUAAAAGAUAAGGCUUAGUGACCUAUCCAGGCAAAAAUCAUUUAGGGGUGGCAUUUGACGUGCAUUUCCGUGAUCACCUGCAUCUCCAUCACUGAUUGAGGAGGGACUAAACGGCACCUCACAAUCAGACCUACAUUUAAACCACAGAGGACCACUUCUCAUGGAGUGAAUGAUCCAAUAGUCAUAACCUUCUACAAAAUUAACUUGCCUCCCAUGGAGCUGGGGGCAUAGCUAUAGUAUUGGGGAGGCAGUGAUCUUUAAUCUCUGUAUAGGUCACGUACAUCUAUUACUUCCCCUCACAGGAAAGGAGGUUGUGAUCUCUCCACCCCAUCAUGUUGUGUCAUCACAUGCUCCAUUAAAAGCAAAUCAGCACAAGACUACAGCGAUGGUAAUUCACUGUAACCCAAUAUAUUAAAGCCUUGACGUAUCAGUAUAAACAAUGCUAUGGGUGAAUACUAACCAUUUUAAAUUAUCACUACCUAAACUGUCAUUAUGAAUGCACAGUCUCAACCCAAUCAAAAAUGUAUAGUAUGUAAUGCAUAUGUCCAAAUCCUACAAUUCAAAGGAGACACGCACCAUAAUCACCAUAAUUUCUGUUGAAUGACAGUGUAUAAACAAAGGUAAUUUUGUAACUAGUGUGCAAUGAUCUCGUAGCAAUGUGUUCUCCAGAUGCUGCUAAAGAGCUUCCUUGGGAGAGAGGGGGCACAAAGAAAUAUCCUGUCAGUAUAUUUCAAGCCAUGGGAGGGGGGUUACUGAUUCAGCCCAAUGGAGUACAAAGAAUAUAAAUUCAUAAAGGUACCACUCCUGGUCCUUCAGGAAAAGGUUUAAUAAAGUCUAAAAGUGGAGGUGUACUGGGUCGGUCCCAAACUUGCAGCAUGGUCUUAUGACCAUCUGCAGCUAUUGUAGUAAGAAAUAAAUAACAAAAACACAAUGGGAUAAAUGCAAAAAAAUCAACUAUAAAUGGUAAAGAACAGGCUGCAGACACUGAAUGUAAGGGAUACUCUUAAACUCUUACUGAGAAAAGGGAAAAUAAAACAUUACAAAACAAUAUAGGUUAUGUCAAAUACUGCGUCUAAUUAGUUCUAAAAAUUCUUUAGCAAUAAAACAGAAAAUAACCAAUAAUUGUGCAGGUUGUCUGGCGCUAGGUAGAGGACACACAACAAAGAUAUUUGGAUUAGCACUCACAUUUAAUAGAGCUAUAAACAAACACUAUAAACUCAGAGCUGGUUUAUACCUCUAUUAAAUGUGAGUGCUAGCCCAAUUAUCUUUGUUGUGUGUCCUUUACCCAACAUCAGACAAUCUGCACGAUUAUUAGUUAUGUUCUGUUUUAUUGCAUAUACCUACAAGUAUCUGAAGUCUGGAUGGCUACCAGCCAGGAAUCUCUGUAGAAUUUUGGGGCUUAUUGGAUUCAGUAUUUGGCGCAACCUAUAUUGGGUUUUGUAUUGUAUUAAAAAAAGUUUUGUUUGUUGAUGAGUAGUUGGGAAGGGAUCCUAAAAUAAGGAAACCUGGAAUAAAUUGCAAGGACAGGCAUUCAUUUUAAGGUACGAUUGGACCUCUUUCCAAAAGGUUUUAACAGUGUGGCAGCCACAAAAACAGUGAUACCAAUCAGCUUUAGUAUGCUUUACUAUAUGUGAGUGAGAGAGCAGUGGCUUUGAUAUUUGUUAAAAUUCAAUUUUAAACAUUUUGUAGACCAUAAGUAGAAUGGAUAAGGGUUAAUCUGAAAACUUGGAUUUUUUUUAUAAGUGGAAUAUGAAGAGGUUCAAUGGAUGCCAAGCUUAGAACGCGAGAGUUCCCAGACCUUUACUGUCACUGCUAAAAUAAGAUUGGAAUUUGAUAUAGGAAUAAAAGUGGGGUAAAACUGAUAAGGAGUCUGCCAAAACCGCAAAGGAUUCUACCAGUCUAGCGGGUGUUGCUUGGGCUGCCAAGCUACAUUCCUUUCUCAUUAGGAAGAUUAAGACCACCUUGAUAUUUAAGUUAUUUAGUUUAGUGAGGCUCAAACAUGUUGUUAUACCUUUCCAAAUAAAACAUCAUAUUUUUUUUUAUUCAAAGAUAUUUGUUUUUUGAAAGACAAGGACUGGAGGAACUUGUAGACGAUAUAACAAUUUCCGAAAAGCUAGACAACAAUGGUUUACACUUCCCAAAAGAGACAGGGGCAGUGAUUUAAAUUGAUCCAUUUAAAUGAAAACCUAAUUGAGAAUAUGGGGAAUGUUUAACUGAUAUAAGUGUGAUACAUUUCUCAGAACAGGAACACUUAUGUAUUUAAGUGAAAUAUAUAUAUUAAGGAAUGAACAAGUUGCCUAAUUUAUACAUGGGAAUAAACAAACGCUUUGUGCGUAACUGCACUUUUCCAGAGGCAGCUUGUUCAUAUAUAUUGUACCCCUUCUUAUUUUUGAAAGAAAGGAUUUGCUUUCAAGCUAAUACUGCAUGAGCCAUGAUUCCUGCAAGAUUUGGUUAGCAGACUUCUAUGUAUCCUGUAUGUUUAUUGAAUUCAGCCUUUGGAUAAUCUUGCUUCAUCCCUCUGAAGACGAGAGAAACUUUAUUUAUCAUCUUUCUUCAUUUAACUUGUGGAUGUGAUUAGCUUGAUGGUUUUUUUCCAUGUAUGCACAUACAUGUAUGUAUGUAUACUAAUUGUUUCAUUUAAUUAAUAGGUUUAUUUCCCACGAGUUCCCAGUCUACUGUGACAUUAACAACAAACAUGCCCAGUACCACGCUGGCUACGACAACAGGAAUUAUAAAUCAGACCAGAACUACACUAGCUACAAAUGAGCCCACCACUUCAUUAACAUCUCUAACAAAUACAACAAUUACAACACAAGCGAAGUCAACAGAAAAUACAACAGAUUUUACUGAAACAGCAGUUACUACAAUUACAGCUAGAGAAAUUACAUCUGAUUCUACUACAACACUGGCUGAAUCUACAGAAACCUCAGCUAAACCCACUACAAUGUUGACUACUACAAGAACAACUACCAUUGAGCCCACCUCAAUUCUGGUUUCCACACUGGAAACAGUAAUAACUAAUUCAAUAGAAAUUCCAACUGAAUCUGCUAUAACACCAAUACAAUUCACCAUAACUGAAGCUACAAUUAAACCCACCACAUCAACAAAUACUAUUACAGAAACUGCAGCUGACCCCUCAACAUCUUCAGCUACUAUAACAGAGAUUACAACAGAAACCUUUAAAACAUCAACUACAAUAGCACCCACCACAUCACUGGCUACUACAACGGAAACUACAAUAGCACCCACCACAUCACUAAAUACUGACACAGAAACUACAACAUCACCCACCACAUCACUAAAUACUGACACAGAAACUACAACAUCACCCACCACAUCACUGUCUACUACAAUGGAAACUACAAGUGAGCCCCCAACAUCACUAGAAUCAACGUUAGAUAUUACAACAGAGACAACAUCAGCUAGUACAGAAAUGACAAUGGCACCCACUACAGUGCUGGAUACAACAACAGAAACUACAUCUGAACCCACUACAGCACCGAUACAGUCCACUGAAACAGAAACAACAAUGGCACCCAAUACAACACCCAGCAUAAUAGAAACUACAACAGCAAUAACCUCUACUAUUACAGAAAGUACAACAGAACCCACCACUACUGCAGAAACUAUUUCUGAACCAUCGAUAUCGCUAGCUCCUACAACAGUAAUUACUGAAAUAAUUACAUCAUCAGCUUCUAUAGAAACUACAAUAGCACCCACCACAUCAUUAGCUACUGACGCAGAAACUACAAGCGAGCCUCCAACAUCACUAGCAACAACGUUAGAUAUUACAACAGAGACUAUUUUAACAUCAGCUAGUACAGAAAUGACAAUGGCACCCACUACAGUGCUGGAUACGACAACAGAAACUACAUCUGAACCCACUACAGCACCAAUACAGUCCACUGAAACAGAAACAACAAUGGCACCCACUACAACAUUAAGCAUAACAGAACCUACAACUGAACAAACUGCAACUCUAAUAACCUCUACUGUUACAGAAACGACAACAGAACCCACCACUACUACAGAAACUAUUUCUGAAUCAUCUACAUCUUUAGCUCCCACAACAGUAAUUACUGAAAUAAUUACAUCAACAGCUACUAUAGAACCUACAAUAGCACCCACCACAUCACUGGCUACUACAACAGAAACUACAAGUGAGCCCCCAACAUCACUAGUAACAUCAAUAGCUAUUACAACUGAGACCAUUACAACAUCGGCUAGUACAAAAAAGACAAUGGCACCCACUACAGUGCUGGAUACGACAACAGAAACUACAAGUGAACCCCCAACAUCACUACCAACAACAAUAGAUAUUACAACAGAGACUAUUUUAACAUCAGCUAGUACAGAAAUUACAAUGGCACCCACUACAGUGCUCGAUACGACAACAGAAACUACAUCUGAACCCACUACAGUACCAAUACAGUCCACUGAAACAGAAACAACAAUGGCACCCAAUACAACACCCAGCAUAAUAGAAACUACAACAACAAUAACCUCUACUAUUACAGAAAGUACAACAGAACCCACCACUACUACAGAAACAAUUUCUGAACCAUCGACAUCACUAGCUGCUACAACAGUAAUUACUGAAAUAAUUACAUCAUCAGCUUCUAUAGAAACUACAAUAGCACCCACCACAUCAUUAGCUACUGACACAGAAACUACAAGCGAGCCUCCAACAUCACUAGCAACAACAAUAGAUAUUACAACAGAGACCAUUACAACAUCAGCUAGUACAGAAACAACAAUGGCACCCACUACAGUGCUGGAUACGACAACAGAAACUACAUCUGAUGCCACUACAGCACCAAUACUGUCCACUGAAGCAGAAACAACAAUGGCACCCACUGCAACACACAGCAUAAUAGAAACUACAACUGAACAAACUGCAACUCUAAUAACCUCCUCUAUUACAGAAACUACAACAGAGCCCACCACUACUACAGACACAAUUUCUGAACCAUCGAUAUCGCUAGCUCCUACAACAGUAAUUACUGAAAUAAUUACAUCAACUGCUACUAUAGAACCUACAAUAGCACCCACCACAUCACUGACUACUACAACAGAAACUACAAGUGAGCCCCCAACAUCACUAGUAACAUCAAUAGCUAUUACAACUGAGACCAUUACAACAUCAGCUAGUACAGAAAUGACAAUGGCACCCACUACAGUGCUGGAUACGACAACAGAAACUACAAGUGAACCCCCAACAUCACUAGCAACAACAAUAGAUAUUACAACAGAGACUAUUUUAGCAUCAGCUAGUACAGAAAUGACAAUGGCACCCACUACAGUGCUCGAUACGACAACAGAAACUACAUCUGAACCCACUACAGUACCAAUACAGUCCACUGAAACAGAAACAACAAUGGCACCCAAUACAACACCCAGCAUAAUAGAAACUACAACAACAAUAACCUCUACUAUUACAGAAAGUACAACAGAACCCACCACUACUACAGACACAAUUUCUGAACCAUCGACAUCGCUAGCUGCUACAACAGUAAUUACUGAAAUAAUUACAUCAUCAGCUUCUAUAGAAACUACAAUAGCACCCACCACAUCAUUAGCUACUGACACAGAAACUACAAGCGAGCCUCCAACAUCACUAGCAACAACAAUAGAUAUUACAACAGAGACCAUUACAACAUCAGCUAGUACAGAAACAACAAUGGCACCCACUACAGUGCUGGAUACGACAACAGAAACUACAUCUGAUGCCACUACAGCACCAAUACUGUCCACUGAAGCAGAAACAACAAUGGCACCCACUGCAACACACAGCAUAAUAGAAACUACAACUGAACAAACUGCAACUCUAAUAACCUCCUCUAUUACAGAAACUACAACAGAGCCCACCACUACUACAGAAACUAUUUCUGAAUCAUCUACAUCUUUAGCUCCCACAACAGUAAUUACUGAAAUAAUUACAUCAUCAGCUUCUAUAGAAACUACAAUAGCACCCACCACAUCACUGCCUACUACAACAGAAACUACAAGUGAGUCCUCAACAUCAAUAGCAUCAACGUUAGAUAUUACAACAGAGACUAUUUUAACAUCAGCUAGUACAGAAACGACAAUGGCACCCACUACAGUGCUGGAUACGGCAACAGAAACAACAUCUGAACCCACUACAGCACCAAUACAGUCCACUGAAACAGAAACAACAAUGGCACCCAAUACAACAUUCAGCAUAACAGAAACAACUGAACCUACUGCAACGGCAAUAACCUCUACUAUUACAGAAACUACAACAGAGCCCACCACUACUACAGAAACUAUUUCUGAACCAUCUACAUCUUUAGCUACUGCAACAGAAAUUACAUCUGAAACCAUUACAGCACCGAUACUGUCCACUGAAGGAGAAACCACAAUGGCACCCAAUACAACACCCAGCAUAAUAGAAACUACAACUGAUCAAACUGCAACAACAAUAACCUCUACUAUUACAGAAACUACAACAGAACCCACCUCUACUACAGAAACAAUUUCUGAAUCAUCUACAUCUUUAGCUCCCUCAACAGUAAUUACUGAAAUAAUUACAUCGUCAGCUACUAUAGAAAGUACAAUAGCACCAACCACAUCACUGGCUACUACAACAGAAGCUACAAGUGAGCCCCCAACAUCACUAGCAACAACAAUAGAUAUUACAACAGAGACUAUUUUAACAUCAUCUAGGACAGAAACGACAAUGGCACCCACUACAGUGCUGGGUACGACAACAGAAACUACAUCUGAACCCACUACAGCACCAAUACUGUCCACUGAAGCAGAAACAACAAUGGCACCCAAUACAAUACCCAGCAUUACAGAAACUACAACUGAACCAACUGCAACAACAAUAACCUCUAGUUUGACAGAAACUAUAACAUCACAAUAUACUACUACAGAAACUAUUUCUGAACCAUCUACAUCUUUAGCUACUGCAACAGAAAUUAAAUUUGAAACCAUAACAUCAGCUACUACAAAAACUACAAUAGCACCCAUCACAUCACUAAAUACUACAACAGAAACUACAAUAGCACCCACCACAUCACUAAAUACUACAACAGAAACUACAAUAGCACCCACCACUUCACUGGCUACUACAACAGAAACUACAAUAGCACCCCCCACAUCACUAAAUACUGACACAGAAACUAUAACAUCAUCCACCACAUCAUUAGCUACUGACACAGAAACUACAAGCGAGCCUCCAACAUCACUAGUAACAUCAAUAACUAUUACAACUGAGACCAUUACAACAUCAGCUAGUACAGAAACAACAAUGGCACCCACUACAGUGCUGGAUACGACAACAGAAACUACAUCUGAACCAACCACAUCACUAAAUACUGACACAGAAACUACAUCUGAACCAACCACAUCACUAAAUACUGACACAGAAAUUACAACUGAAACCAUUACAUCAGCUGCUACAGAAACUACAAUAGGACCCACCACAUCACUGGCUACUGCAACAGAAACUACAAGUGAGCCCUCAACAUUACUAGUAACAUCAAUAGCUAUUACAACUGAGACCAUUACAACAUCAGCUAGUACAGAAAUGACAAUGGCACCCACUACAGUGCUGGAUACGACAACAGAAACUACAAGUGAAUCCCCAACAUCACUAGCAACAACAAUAGAUAUUACAACAGAGACUAUUUUAACAUCAGCUAGUACAGAAAUGACAAUGGCACCCACUACAGUGCUCGAUACAACAACAGAAACUACAUCUGAACCCACUACAGCAACAAUACUGUCCACUGAAACAGAAACAACAAUGGCACCCAAUACAACACACAGCAUAAUAGAAACUACAACUGAACCAACUGCAACAGCAAUAAGCUCUAUUAUGACAGAAACUACAACAGAACCCACAUUUACUACAGAAACUAUUUCUGAACCAUCUACAUCUUUAGCUACUGCAACAGAAAUUACAUCUGAGACCAUUACAUCAGCUACUACAAAAACUACAAUAGCACCCACCACAUCACUAAAUACUACAACAGAAACUACAAGCGAGCCCUCAACAUCACUAGCAACAACAAUAGAUAUUAUAACAGAGACCAAUACAACAUCAGCUAGUACAGAAAUGACAAUGACACCCACUACAGUGCUCGAUACAACAACAGAAACUACAUCUGAACCCCCAACAUCACUAGCAACAACAAUAGAUAUUACAACAGAGACUAUUUUAACAUCAGCUAGUACAGAAAUGACAAUGGCACCCACUACAGUGCUCGAUACAACAACAGAAACUACAUCUGAACCCACUACAGCAACAAUACUGUCCACUGAAACAGAAACAACAAUGGCACCCACUACAGCACCCAGCAUAAUAGAAACAACAACAACAAUAACCUCUACUAUUACAGAAACGACAACAGAACCCACCACUACUACAGACACAAUUUCUGAACCAUCGACAUCGCUAGCUGCUACAACAGUAAUUACUGAAAUAAUUACAUCAUCAGCUUCUAUAGAAACUACAAUAGCACCCACCACAUCAUUAGCUACUGACACAGAAACUACAAGUGAGCCUCCAACAUCACUAGCAACAACAAUAGAUAUUACAACAGAGACUAUUUUAACAUCAGCUAGUACAGAAAUGACAAUGGCACCCACUACAGUGCUCGAUACGACAACAGAAACUACAUCUGAACCCACUACAGCACCAAUACAAUCCACUGAAGUAGAAACAACAAUGGCACCCACUACAACACACAGCAUAUUAGAACCUACAACUGAACAAACUGCAACUCUAAUAACCUCUACUAUUACAGAAACGACAACAGAACCCACCACUACUACAGAAACUAUUUCUGAAUCAUCUACAUCUUUAGCUCCCACAACAGUAAUUACUGAAAUAAUUACAUCAUCAGCUUCUAUAGAAACUACAAUAGCACCCACCACAUCAUUAGCUACUGACACAGAAACUACAAGCGAGCCUACAACAUCACUAGCAACAACAAUAGAUAUUACAACAGAGACUAUUUUAAUAUCAGCUAGUACAGAAAUGACAAUGGCACCCACUACAGUGCUGGAUACAACAACAGAAACUACAAGUGAACCCCCAAUAUCACUAGCAACAACAAUAGAUAUUACAACAGAGACCAGUACAACAUCAACUACUAAAGAAAUAACAAUGGCACAAACUACAGUGCUGGAUACAACAACAGAAACUACAUCUGAACCCACUACAGCACCGAUACAGUCCACUGAAACAGAAACAACAAUGGCACCCAAUACAACACCCAGCAUAAUAGAAACUACAACAACAAUAACCUCUACUAUUACAGAAACUACAACAGAACCCACCACUACUACAGACACAAUUUCUGAACCAUCGAUAUCGCUAGCUCCUACAACAGUAAUUACUGAAAUAAUUACAUCAUCAGCUUCUAUAGAAACUACAAUAGCACCCACCACAUCAUUAGCUACUGACGCAGAAACUACAAGCGAGCCUCCAACAUCACUAGCAACAACGUUAGAUAUUACAACAGAGACUAUUUUAAUAUCAGCUAGUACAGAAACAACAAUGGCACCCACUACAGUGCUCGAUACGACAACAGAAACUACAUCUGAACCCACUACAGCACCAAUACAGUCCACUGGAACAGAAACAACAAUGGCACCCACUACAACAUUUAGCAUAACAGAAACUACAACUGAACAAACUGCAACUCUAAUAACCUCUACUGUUACAGAAACGACAACAGAACCCACCACGACUACAGAAACUAUUUCUGAAUCAUCUACAUCUUUAGCUCCCACAACAGUAAUUACUGAAAUAAUUACAUCAACUGCUACUAUAGAACCUACAAUAGCACCCACCACAUCACUGGCUACUACAACAGAAACUACAAGUGAGCCCCCAACAUCACUAGUAACAUCAAUAGCUAUUACAACUGAGACCAUUACAACAUCAGCUAGUACAGAAAUGACAAUGGCACCCACUACAGUGCUCGAUACGACAACAGAAACUACAUCUGAACCCACUACAGCACCAAUACAGUCCACUGAAACAGAAACAACAAUGGCACCCAAUACAACACCCAGCAUAAUAGAAACUACAACAACAAUAACCUCUACUAUUACAGAAAGUACAAGAGAACCCACCACUACUACAGACACAAUUUCUGAACCAUCGACAUCGCUAGCUGCUACAACAGUAAUUACUGAAAUAAUUACAUCAUCAGCUUCUAUAGAAACUACAAUAGCACCCACCACAUCACUGGCUACUACAACAGAAACUACAAGCGAGCCUCCAACAUCACUAGCAACAACAAUAGAUAUUACAACAGAGACUAUUUUAAUAUCAGCUAGUACAGAAACGACAAUGGCACCCACUACAGUGCUGGAUACGACAACAGAAACUACAUCUGAACCCACUACAGCACCAAUACAGUCCACUGAAGCAGAAACAACAAUGGAACCCACUACAACACUCAACAUAUUAGAACCUACAAAUGAACAAACUGCAACUCUAAUAACCUUUACUAUUACAGAAACGACAACAGAGCCCACCACUACUACAGAAACUAUUUUUGAAUCAUCUACAUCUUUAGCUCCCACAACAGUAAUUACUGAAAGAAUUACAACAUCAGCUAGUACAGAAAUGACAAUGGCACCCACUACAGUGCUGGAUACGACAACAGAAACUACAAGUGAACCCCCAAUAUCACUAGCAACAACAAUAGAUAUUACAACAGAGACUAUUACAACAUCAGCUACUAAAGAAAUAACAAUGGCACCCACUACAACACUCAACAUAACAGAAACUACAACUAAACCAACUGCAACUCUAAUAACCUCUUCUAUUAUAGAAAUGACAACAGAGCCCACUGCUACUACAGAAACUAUUUCUGAACCAUCUACAUCUUUAGCUCCCUCAACAGUAAUUACUAAAAGAAUUACAUCAUCUGCUCCAGAAACUACAAUAGCACCCACCACAUCACUAGCUACUGACACAGAAACUACAAGUGAGCCCCCAACAUCAUUAGCAACCACAAUAGAUAUUACAACAGAGACCAUUACAACAUCAGCUAGUACAGAAACGACAAUGGCACCCACUACAGUGCUAGGUACGGCAACAGAAACAACAUCUGAACCCACUUCAGCACCAAUACUGUCCACUGCAGCAGAAACCACAAUUGCACCCAAUACAAUACCCAGCAUAACAGAAACAACUGAACCUACUGCAACGGCAAUAACCUCUACUAUUACAGAAACUACAACAGAACCCACCACUACUGCAGAAACUAUUUCUGAAUCAUCUACAUCUUUAGCUCCCUCAACAGUAAUUCCUGAAAUAAUUACAUCAACAGCUACUAUAGAUACUACAAUAGCACCCACCACAUCACUGGCUACUACAACAGAAACUACAAGUGAGCCCACUACAGCACCAAUACUGUCCACUGCAGCAGAAACUACAAUGGCACCCACUACAACAUUUAGCAUAACAGAAACUACAACUGAACCAACUGCAACAACAAUAACUUCUACUAUUACAGAAACUACAACAGAACCCACCACUACUACAGAAACUAUUUCUGAAUCAUCUACAUCUUUAGCUCCCUCAAGAGUAAUUACUGAAAGAAUUACAUCAACAGCUUCUAUAGAAACUACAAUAGCACCCACCACAUCAUUAGCUACUGACACAGAAACUACAAGCGAGCCUCCAACAUCACUAGCAACAACGUUAGAUAUUACAACAGAGACUAUUUUAAUAUCAGCUAGUACAGAAACGACAAUGGCACCCACUACAGUGCUGGAUACGACAACAGAAACUACAUCUGAACCCACUACAGCACCAAUACAGUCCACUGAAGCAGAAACAACAAAGGCACCCACUACAACACUCAGCAUAUUAGAACCUACAACUGAACAAACUGCAACUCUAAUAACCUCUACUAUUACAGAAACAACAACAGAACCCACCACUACUACAGAAACUAUUUCUGAAUCAUCUACAUCUUUAGCUCCCUCAACAGUAAUUACUGAAAGAAUUACAUCAACAGCUACUAUAGAAACUACAAUAGCACCCACCACAUCACUGCCUACUACAACAGAAACUACAAGUGAGCCCCCAACAUCACUAGCAACAACAAUAGAUAUUACAACAGAGACUAUUUUAACAUCAGCUAGUACAGAAACUACAAUGGCACCCACUACAGUGCUCGAUACGACAACAGAAACUACAUCUGAACCCACUACAGCACCAAUACUGUCCACUGAAACAGAAACAACAAUGGCACCCACUACAACAUUUAGCAUAACAGAAACUACAACUGAACCAACUGCAACAACAAUAAGCUCUAGUUUGACAGAAACUAUAACAGAACCCACCACAUCACAAUAUACUACUACAGAAACUAUUUCUGAACCAUCUAAAUCUUUAGCUACUGCAACAGAAAUUACAUCUGAAACCAUUACAUCAGCUACUACAAAAACUACAAUAGCACCCACCACAUCACUAAAUACUACAACAGAAACUACAAUAGCACCCACCACAUCACUGGCUACUGACACAGAAACUACAAUUGAGCCCCCAACAUCACUAGCAACCACAAUAGAUAUUACAACAGAGACUAUUUUAACGUCAGCUACUACAGAAACUUCAAUAGCACCCACCACAUCACUGGUUACUACUACAGAAACUAAAGCUGAACAAUCUACAUCUUUAGCUACUACAACAAAAAAUACAACUGAAAAGAUUACAACAUCAACUACUACAGAAACUACAACACCACCUACUACAAGUGAAUCAACUUCUACACCAAUAGUAUCUAAUAUAACAGAAACUAUAAUGGAACCCACUGAAACAUUAACUACUAAAAAAUAUAUUACAAUUGAACCACCUACAUCACCAGCCAAUACAACAGAGAGUACAACCGAGUCCACAAAAAUUCCGAGUACUAUAAUGGAAUCUACAAUCGCACCCUCCACAACAAUAACUAGUACUAGACAAACUAUAACUGAUUCCCCUGUAACACCAUUAAUACCGACUAGAACAAAAUCGGAAGCAAUACCCAACUCAACACUUACUACUACAAUAGAAACUACAACUAAACCUUCUACAUCACUUGCUGCUACAACUGAAUUUACAGCUCAGUCCACCAUAAUGUUUGCAACUUCAACUGAGAGUACAUCUGUAUCCAAAGCAGCAGUGUUGACUACAACUAACAGGGCAACACAGGUCUCUACAACUCUAUCCACUAGAAAUGCAUCCACUACAACAGUAGAUUCUACACCAUACUCUACAGCUGCAACCACAACAACUCUGGCUACUACAAUAAAACAUACAGCUCAAUCACCUACAACACUGGCUACUACACCAGAAACUAUGAAUGCAUUCACUAUAACAGAAACUCCAACUGAGUCAACCACAAUGCCACAUAAUACAAUGGAAACUACAAAUGCAUCCACUACAACAUACACUGCAAUGGAAACUAUAGUGGGGCCCAUCACAACACUAACCUCUACAACAGAAGAUACAGCGGCAUUCACGACAACUAUAGCUCUUACAACAGAAACUUCAAGAGAAACAAAUUCUACAUCAGUACCCACCACAACACCCAACUCUACAGCUGCACCAACAACAAUGGACACUAUAAUAGAAUCCAUUACAACACUAUCUACUACAACAGAAACUACAGUGGCUCUCACCACAGCUACAGUUGCUACAACACAAACUGCAAGUGAAACAAAUUCUACGACUGGACCCACCACAACACUUGCUUCAACAUCCAACUUUACAGCUGCACCACUAACAAUGGCCACUACAACAGAAUCCAUUACAACACAGGUUACUACAACAAAAACUAAAGCUGAGUCCUCAGCAAUUUCACCUUAUACCACAAAUACUACAAUUGAGUCCCCUACAACUUUGGCUACUACAUCAGAAACCUCACCAGAACCCACUACAACAAAGUCUACAACAGCAGAAAAGACAACAGAUUCCAAUACAACACAGGCUACAACAAAAACUACACCUGAGUCCACAGCAGUUCCACAUGGUAUUGCAAAAACUACAACUGAGUUCUCUACAACACUGGAUAAUACAACAGGAAAUACAACUGCUGUUAACACAUUUUCUACAUCUACGUCCACUAGAGCAGCAGCAACUACUAUAACAACUACAGCUGAGCUCGGCACUGGCACCUUAUCACAUUCAACAAAUUCCUUACCGGCACCAAAUGCGACUUCUGUGAUCAAUACCAGCAUUAAAUUCAACAACACUACUAGAGGGAUAGAAACAACUUACUCCACUGCCUCACAGACAAGCACAGCAAGUGAGUAAUGCACCAUUGCAGUACAUUAAUCCAGUAUAUGUAUACGUUUAACCUUGUAAAGAUCCUAGUUAAACAUACCGUAUUUAUCGGCGUAUAACACGCACUUUUUCUCCCUGAAAAUAGGGGAGAAAUUGUGGGUGCGUGUUAUACGCCGGCCCUUUAAAUACUGCAGCCACCUGAGCGCUCUGUGAAGAGCGCUCAGGCGGCUGCAGUUGGUACUCACCUCCCCUGCAGCGUGGCCAAGCCGCUCUGCUGUCCGCGGUUGCCGGCCGGAGUGAUAGGAAGGUGCACGCUCAGUGUGCACCUUCCUGUCAGUCCGACCGGGUAUAGGAAACAGAAACUCCUGUUCCGCGCGGAAACGGAAAAGAAACGGGGGUAAGAAGUUCUUUAUUUAAAAUUUAAAGGACCACUCUAGGCACCCAGACCACUUCAGCUUUAUGAAGUGGUCUGGGUGCCAGGUCCCUCUAGGAUUAACCCUUUUUUUUAUAAACAUAGCAGUUUCAGAGAAACUGCUAUGUUUAUACUGAGGGUUAAUCCAGCCUCCAGAGCCUCUAGUGGCUGUCUCAUUGACAGCCGCUAGAGGCGCUUGCGUGCUUCUCACUGUGAAAAAUCACAGUGAGAGCACGCAAGCGUCCAUAGGAAAGCAUUGUAAAUGCUUUCCUAUGCGACCGGCUGAAUGCGCGUGCGCAUUCAGCCGAUGACGCCGCGAGCAAGGAGGAGAGGAGGAGUACAGCUCCCCGCCCGGCGCUGGAGAAAGGUAAGUGUUUAACCCCUUCCUCUCUCCAGAGCCCGGCGGGAGGGGGUCCCUGAGGGUGGGGGCACCCUCAGGGCACUAUAGUGCCAGGAAAACGAGUAUGUUUUCCUGGCACUAUAAUGGUCCUUUAAGUUUUUUUCCCAUGAAAUUUCCUUCUUAAAAUGAGGUGCGUGUUAUACGCCGAUAAAUACGGUAUCUAGCAUGAUCCUCUCUUAGAUGUUAUACUUCUUCGGCGGUUAUCUUUAAAGACUUUGGGCUUAAACAAUAGCUUUGGAUAUGUAUUUCACUUGGUGUACUUAACUGCACAGUGAACAUUUUAUAACCCCGGAGGGCUUGUUUACACAUUUGUUCUAUUCUGUUACUAACAAGUUCAUCGAACCCACCUCCAGCCCACCUACCUCUGCAGAGCUCUGAUCGCUGAGUAGGGGUUCUACCUGUCAACCCAGGUAGUCUACCUACAGCCAAUCACGGUGAUCUGAGAUCAAUGUUACAAUACUUGAGACAUUGUAUUAAUAGAGGGUUGUAGUUAAUGGAAUAUAUUCGAAGCUUGGACUUGUCACCAGUGGGGUACCUCAGAGAUCUGUACUUGGACCCAUUCUCUUUAAUAUUUUUAUUAGUGAUAUUGCAGAAGGUCUUGAUGGUAAGGUAUGUCUUUUUGCUGAUGAUACUAAGAUAUGUAACAGGGUUGAUGUUCCAGGAGGGAUAAGCCAAAUGGCAAAUGAUUUAGGUAAACUAGAAAAAUGAUCAGAAUUGUGGCAACUGACAUUUAAUGUGGAUAAGUGCAAGAUAAUGCAUCUUGGACAUAAAAACCCAAGGGCAGAGUACAGAAUAUUUGAUAGAGUCCUAACCUCAACAUAUAAGGGUGAUUAUUUCUGAUGCCUUAAAGGUAGGCAGACAAUGUAAUAGAGCAGCAGGAAAUGCUAGCAGAAUGCUUGGUGAGACCUCACUUGGAGUAUUGUACAGAGUACUGGAGACCGUAUCUUCAGAAGGAUAUUGAUACUUUAGAGAGAGUUCAGAGCUUACAUGCUAGAGGGAGUGGGGUAAAAUGACACAAAAAGGUAAGGAUAGUAUUAGACAAGUGACAGUUGCAGAAGAGGAAUCAGUCAGGAGCUAUUAACAAUUUAAUUGAUACGCUUUUAUGAAGAAGUGGGUUUUUAAUGAUUUUUUGAAGGAGUGGAGACUGGGUGAGCAUCUAACGGAGGAGGGAAGCGAGUUCCACAGGAACGGUGCAGCCCUCGAGAAAUCUUGAAGGCGAGCAUCAGAAGUGGGAGUACGGACAGAAGAUAGACGUAAGUCUUUAGCAGAUCGUAAGGGCCUAGACGGGGCCUAGAGAUUUGAAAGCAAGAACCAGAAUUUUAAAUUGAGCUCUAUUUUAUAGGAAGCCAAUGUAGGGACUGACAAAGAGGUGAGGGAUGGGAGGUGCGGGCGGACCGGAAGAUGAGCCUCGCCGCCGCAUUCAUUAUGGACUGUAACGGCGCAAGUUGGGAGCACGUAAGACCACAAGCCCCAGGCUCGAGGGAUAACCAUCUCCCGCUCUGGGAGAUAAAAACAGCACAACAAUUACAAACAGUAAGGCACAUUACAUACAUUGAGGAACUUAGGGGGCUCCACGUCCCGGGAAGGAAAUGGGCACACACAGGGAACAUACAUCUCUGCAUAGUCCCAGGUCCCAGCUAGGAUCCCUUCAAACAGUGGAGCUAUCGGAUGUACAGAUCCUGAGAAAUCAUUGUGUAGAUUCUGGGCUUGGGGCUCUGUACAUCCCCGAAAACAGUUCCACGGAAUAACUUGGUUUAGGUCGGUCAAUUCAAACUUCAUGCCUAAACCAAGCAGCGGCCAAUCAGGAUAUAGGCGCAAACCAAUUUGCAUCAAUUGGUGCUCAGGCAGGGGAGGCGUUCCACCAGCAAAUCGGGAAAAAGGGCCCGAAACCAAAUCGUGCCAAUCGGUGCUCGGAGCAGGGAGGUGUUUUGCCGGCCAAACAGGAGAAAGGGCGCAAAACCAGUUUGAAUGGUAGCCCUUCUACUAUUGGCCGGCAUGGACUUCUAGGCAGCUAGUAGGACCCUGCGGCUGUGAAGCCAACUCACAGUUAGAGGUAUUCUGCUGUGGCUCGCGUCUCUCUCUCCAGUGGAUAUCUCCACGAGAGAGCGCUCUUUGGGCAGCUAUGAGCCUGGACUCAUAGCUCCUGGAUAGGGAGCUCCUGCAGCUGCUGUCUGCCCUGCUAACAGCCUGGCUGCAGGCAGGAAGCUCCUGAAUCUCCUCCGGCCAGUGAUUAUGGCUCCUUUAGGAGCAGGUAGGGUGAUCCCCUGCAGGAAAAAAUGAUCUUUGUCUCCAAGGCACAAAAAUCCCGCCAACAUAGCCAGCCCCCAAAAGUGUCCCCACCAAAUUCAGGAACCCCACACCAGUACAUUUGCCUGUUCGUGAGGCUCUUGUGCGAACCCCAGGCAAGGGAAGCAUCUACUUUCGGGAUACGAAUGCGCCCCCUGGGUGGCGUUUGUCUAUACAACAUGGCGGCCACCCAGUGGAGCACUUAUUAAUUACUUCCCUUGCUGUUUCGCACUUAUGUUAGUGGUGUGAACGUUCUAAUUGAUUGGUGUGAACACUCUAAUGGGGCACCGGGGUGGUCCACAUUCGGGAGACGAAUGGGUUCUGUUCGGAUGAAUGCUCCCGAACGGAGAACAUGGCACCGCAUACGAAACACAUGGGGAAACACAUGAAUAAGCAGGGGGGCACAUGUGGGUAUGGCACUCAGUGACGGUGUUCCAUUACAAAAGGUAGACUGCUUUUCAAACAAAAUAUUCCAUUGAAGCAGACAAGAUAUUGCAUCAAAUUCUAUAAAUUAUGCAAAUCUACUACUAGGUAUACAUUGGGACCCUCCAGGAUGCUCUGAUUCUGUAAGCACACAUGGCAAGAUUGUGUGGGAACUAUUGAAUCACUCUGUGUACGACUUCUUACAUUAGUUUGAUAUUUGUGGAUUUCCCUGGCCUUGGAAAAUCACUUUGUCAAAUUUCCAGGUAUGAAGACUAAAAUGGUCAUGCCUUAUAUUUCAUACAGUAACUUUCCAAAUCCCCAUAAAACCUGUACAUGGGAGUACUGUUGUACUUGUGAGACAGCGCUGAACACAAAUAUGAGUGUUUUAAAGCAGUAAAAUGUAUAAUGAUGAUAUCAGUAAAAGUGUACUUCACACUGAGAACACUAGGUGGCAGUAAAGCUAUUUUUAUUGAUAAUCCAAAUUUUUAUUUUUUUUACUUGUAAUUUUUUAUCGAGAAAGAGCAAAAGGCACCAAUAUAUUUUGGAAUAAAUAAUUAAAUACAUUUUUAAAAAUCUGAAAACGUGCAUAUAAUAAUUACCUCAUCACAAAAAAAUUAUACAAAACAUUGUUCCAAUUUCCAAUUACAGUCGUGCUCAAAAAUUUUGCAUAUCCUUGGAGAAUUGGUAAUAUAUGUACCAUUUUUAAAGAAAUUCAUAUUCAGCUGUAGGUUAUAACAAAAUGGCGCAAUCAUAAAACAAAACAUGGCAACAAAGAAAACAAUAAAGUGACCCCUGUUCAAAAGUCUGCGUACCCUCCUUUCUCAAUACUGUGUAUUGCCCCCUUUAGCAUCAAUGACAGCGUGCAGUCUUUUGUAAUAGUUGUCUGAGGCCCUUAAUUCUUGCAGGUGGUAUAGCUGCCCAUUCAUCUCCUCCAGGUCAGGCAAAGCCUUUGGUCGUCUUACGUGAACCGCACGUUUGAAAUAUCCACAGAGUGGCUUGAUGAUUUUAAGGUCAGGAGACUGAGAUGGCCAUUCCAGAACCAUCACCUUUUUCUGAUGUAAUCACUGGAGGGUUAACUUGGCAUUAUGCUUAGGGUCAUUGUCAUGCUGGAAAGUCCAAGCGCAUCCCAUGCGCAGCCUUUAAUUUACACAAGAUUCCCCAUGCCUUUAAAGCUCACACACCCCAAAACAUCAGUGAGCCAUCAUCAUGCUUCACAGUGGGGAUGGUAUUAUUUUCACUUUAGGCAUGGUUGACCCCUCUCCAAAGAUAAUGCUUAUGGUUGUGCUCUGCUCCGGUCCUCCCGCCUCACCACCUGCUCCCUUGAUCCUAUUCCCUUGCAUCUUAUACAUACUCUGUUUCCUUCUCUUGUUUUGCCUCUCACUAAAAUUCUCAAUCUCUCCCUCGCCUCUGACAUAUUUUCAUCACCCUUCAAACAUGCAAAUGUAACCCUGAUUCUAAAAAAGCCCAACCUUGACCAUAACGCCCCGUCAAACUACCGCCCUAUCUUGCUACUGCCAUUCGCGUCCAAGAUCUUUGAAAGACUUGUGUAUGUGAGAUUGACAGACUUACUCCAGUCCAGCUCUCUGCUCGACCCACUUCAGUCUGGUUUCCACGCUCAGCACUCUGUGGAAACAGCUCUGACCAAAGUAUCAAACGAUCUGCUCGCUGCAAAAUCUCAUUGUCACUAUUCUAUCCUAAUUCUCCUUGACUUUCCGCUCCUUUUGAUACUGUUGAUUCUUCUCAUCCUCUGUAGUCUAGGUCUACGAGAUAUUGCUCUUUCCCUGUGCUCCUCCUACCUCUCCCACCACUCUUUUGGUGUUUCUUUUUCUGGCAACCCCUCUCUGUUGGUGUCCCCCAAGGUUCAGUCCUUGGUCCCCUACUGUUCUUGAUCAAUACUGCCUCCUUUUGUAAACUUAUCAGCUCCUUUGGCUUCCAAUAUCACUUCUAUGCGGAUGACACGCAAAUCUAUCUGUCCUCCUCUGAUCUCUCCUGCCCCUCUUGACUAGUGUUUCUGACUGCCUCUCUGCUAAUUCCAACUGGAUGGCUGCCCACUUCCUUAAGUUCAACUUGUCCAAAACACAACUUCUGGUCUUUCCUUCCUUAAGUGUUGCUACUCCUGUUUCUGUCUCCCUCCAUGUUAAUGGUGUAACCAUCAGCUCCACCACGCAGGCUCGCUGCCCAGGUGUUCUCUUUGACUCUGACCUUUACUUCACCCCUCAUGUCCAGUCGAUCGUCAAAUCCUGCCAUCUCAAAAACAUUGCGCGCAUCCACCCCUACUUAACGCAAGAUGCUGGUCAAUGCCACCUAAGGUGCUGGUCAAUGCCACUGUCCUCACUCGCCUUGACAACUGCAAUCCGCCUUUCAGUGGUCUUACGUGCUUCCAACUCCCCCCAUUGCAGUCUUUAAUGAAUGCGGUGGCGAGGAUCAUCUUCCUGUCCGCCCGCACCUCCCACACCUAACCCCUAUGUCAGUCCCUGCAUUGGCUUCCCGUAAGAUAUAGGGCCCAAUAUAAAAUUCUGGUUCUUGCUUUUAAAUGUCUACAUAAUGCUGCUCCCACCUUUCUAUCCUCCCUAAUACACAAGUAUGUCCCAUCUAGGCCACUACGCUCUGCCGAAGACCUGCAUCUUUCCUCUAUUCGUACUCCCACCUCUGAUGCUCCUCUCCAAGACUACUCUAGGGCUGCACCAUUACUGUGGAACUCCCUUCCCUUUUCUGUUAGAUGCACACCCAGUCUCCAUUCCUUCAAAAAAACAUUAAAAACUCACUUUUUCACAAAAGCAUAUCAAUUAAACUGUUAAUGGCUCCCAACUGAUUCAUCUCCUGCAACUGAAAAAAACUAAAAACCCCACACUAAGUCUUCAUUGAAUACUAUUCUACCAAUCUACUUCCCUAAUACUUUUAAUACCUUUUAUGUCACUAUACCCCACUCCCUCUAGCAAGAAAGCUCAUUGAGCAAGGCCCUCAACCCUUCUGUGUCUGUGCAUCAAGCUUGUCUGGUUACAAUUACAUGUUUAUUAGUCCACCCAUUGUAAAGCACUACAGAAUUUGUUGGCGCUAUAUAAAAAUAAUAAUAAUAAUAAUACAAUAAUAAUAAAGCUCUAUUUUGGUCUCAUCGCUCUAAAUUACACUGUGCCAGAAGCUGUGCGGCAUGUCAAUGUGUUGUCGAGCAUAUUGUAGCAUUUUUGUGGCAUUGGGGCUGUAAAGGCUUCUUUCUGGCAAUUCGGCAAUGCAGCUAAUUUUUGUUCGAGCAUCGUCGUAUUGUGCUCCUUGAAACAACCACACCGUCUUUUUCCAGAGCAGCCUGUAUUUCUCCUGAGGUUACCUGUGGGUUUUUCUUUGUAUCCCAAACAAUUCUUCUGGCAGUUGUGACUGAAAUCUUUCUUGCUCUACCUUAUCGUGGCUUGGUAUGAAGAGAUCCCUGAAUUUUCAACUUUUUAAUAAGUGAUUGAACAGUACUGACUGGCAUUUUCAAGGCUCUCAAAAUCUUUUUAUAUUCUUUUCCAUCUUUAUAAAGUUCCAUUACCUUGUUUCUCAGUUUUUUUGACAGUUAUUUUAUGCUCCUCAUGGCUCAGUAUCUAGCCUGCUCAGUGCAUCCACAUGAGAGCUAAAAAACGUAUUGACUAUUUAUACACCGAUACUAAUUGCAAUUUAAAAAAAAAUACAGGUGUGGGAAAUUAACAUUUAAUUGCCAUUUUAACCUUUGUGUGUCACUUUGUGUGCCAGGGCCAAACAUUCAAGGGUAUGUAAACCUUUAACCAAGGCUAUUUGGGUGAUUUCUGUCAUCAUUAUGAUUUAAAAAGGAGCCAAACAACUAUGUGAUAAGAAAUGGCUUCAUAUGAUCACUAUCCUUUAAUAAAAACAUUUUUUGCAUGAUGAGUCAUAUAUUUUAAAUCAAUGCCAAAAUUUCACAAUUUCUGCCAGGGUAUGCAAACUUUUGAGCAUAAAUGUAUAUUCUCUCUGGCUACAUCUCUUCACAUUAUUUCAGCUGCGAAAGAGACUUUAUAUCUGGGAGUCCAUUUAUACAAUAUAUAAUAGCAGCCUCUGAAACAGCAGGUUUAUGUAUUUAUUUAAAAGCGUAUCAUUAUUACAUAGACACCUUGUUAUAUUGUAAGAACAUCUUGCAUUAGUGGAGCUCUGUUAUAUAAGCUUAUCCAUUUAUGCAAGCUUUAUAUAUGAACUUCUCAUCACAUUGGAGCUCUGUUAUAUAGCAUACUGGAGCUCUAUUAUAUAGUGUGAACCUCUCAGCAUACUGGAGCUCUGUUAUAUAAGCUUCUCCAUUUAUGCAAGCUCUGUUAUGCUGUUAACAGUUUCUCACUUUAUGGGAGCUUUGUUAUAUAUGCCCUUCUCAUCAUGCUGGAGCUUUGCUAUAUAGUAUGAGCUUCUCACCAUAGCGGAGCUCUGUUGUAUUGUGCCAGCUUGUUGCUUUAUGGGUUCCAGGCCUGCUGAUGGAUGGCUAAGGCUCGUUUUUGGAGAGUGCAGCCCUAGAACGCUCUCAGAUUCGUGGUUAUGUUUGGUAGGAUCUGUAUGUUAGUAUAAUUGGGAUUAAUAUUUAUAAUCAUGUCUGUUUAUUUAUUAACAGCAACUGCAGUGCUUAACUUCAAAAUACAGAGCUCUGCCCUCGUCGAAGAAAAUGUGGAUGAUGUAAUAUAUGCCCUAUUAUAUAAGGUAAUUUUAAGAAUGUAAUGCUAAAUUAUAAUUAUUCAGCAAGCGAUAUAAGCACAUCUGGCAGGUUCAUUGAAGUGGUCUGGGUGCACUGUCCCAGGUCUCUUAACCCUGCAAUGGUAAUUAUUGCAUUUUUGAUAACCUUGGGAGGGAGCGAGGGAGGGAGGAGGGCACUAUCGGGAGCUAUAGUGACAGGAAAACAACUUAGUUUUUUUGGCACUAUAGUUAACCCUCUAAAGGGGAACUGUCAGUUACCAGGAUUUUAGAUAUUCAAUUUACUUAUACCUAUAUUUACUAUAUAUGCAUAUGAUCAGUGUGGAAAGUAAAACUAAAUGUAGAAAUCUGCACCUCUCUAUUCUGCACCUGGGCACCUCCAUCUUAGCUCCCUGUCAAUCAUUUUUAUAAACUCUGUAUUUUACAUCUGGAAGUCAGCAUAGAGAGAGCAGACAGAGAAGAGGAGAUGUUGAACAAUGUUACUCUACAUCCUCUUCAUUUAGUUUAAUGGAAUGGGCUUUCUCAGCGGAUCUUGCUCGAUUACUAGGAGGCUUGGAGGAUCUCCAACAGGGCUGUCAUGAUGAGCGGGUAUUCCCACCCAUUGUGUCACCUCCAUCUUCACGCACCCACUCCACCUGGAGCACAAUACUGCUCUACUAAAGCAAUAUCUGCAGUACUGGCUGAUGAUACUCCGUUAGAGUAGAUUCUGGAAUAAUGCCAAUUUGCCCACUGGAAUAAAUUGCAUAUACAGGAUUAAUAAUAUUAAUAAUGAUAAUAAUAAUGUCAUCCUUUCAGUACAAUAAUUGUCUUACAAUAGGAAGAAGGGACUCAGUAUUUCAUGAGGUGCAUGUUACAAUAAGGAAUGCUACAGGUCAUGCUGAUUAAAUUAGGUAAGAGUUAGUGUUAGGGCCUCUAGUGUUUGGUUAAAAUAAUUAUUUUCCGUAUUAUUUUAUGAUUCAUGUUUUGCUAGUUUUAUACUAAAGUUAGACAUUAUUAUGACUAUGUAUCAAAAUUCCUCUGUUUCCACAGACUUGCUCAAUUUUUAUUCUGGAACUCAACAGCAGGGAUGUGACUUUAACCUGGGGGACAAAUCGGACAUCAGUGAAUUGUGCCUCCAUGGGGAUCAUCUAAUCACUUAGAGAGACUCGGCGAGACAGUAAUAAUUUAUUUGCACUAUUUUUUUCACUACCCUGGGAGCGUCGCUAGUCAUUGGCCAAGGCCAAGUCAUUGACCUGGCACAGAAUCUAUCAGCCAGGGAAUUCUCUGUACCAGUGUGCAUAGAAUAGGGGUUAUAACUGCUAAAAUAAUGAACACGUGCUGGCGAGGAUAUUGCGUAUUACUAACUGUGAAGAGGACACAUUAACUUAUCUAAUUUAUAGAAAAUACAUUUAUAUUUUAUUAUACUAUUAAACUUUGUUACUAUACUGCUGCUAAUACAAGAAAUGGCUGUGUAACUAAGGUGGAAGAUACUAGUUAAACGUCUAUGAACAAGGUUUAAUGUAAUAUCUAUUUAAGUUCUGUAUAUAAAUUAGACUCAAUAAAAUGGUAUUGGGGUGGAAAUAGGUAUACAGAUCUAGGAGUUACUAUUUAACCAUAAUCAUUUGUUUCGUAUGUCUCUUCCAAAAAUGAGCCAUUGGCCACCAUCCUUCCCCUGAGGAGCUGUCUUCAGGCUGAGCUCUCAGUAUACCUUUACUGUUGUUACUUGUUUACUUUUUUGUCACUUGUGCAAAUACAAGGUUUUCUAACAUUCCAUUGAUAAAGACUAUAAAAGAACUGGGUGAAAUUAAUUGGAUUGGCAUUGUUGUGUCUCAUUAUUACAUAUAAACAUAGAAACAGAAUGUGACGACAGAUAAGAACCAUUCGGCCCAUCUAGUCUGCCCAAUUUUCUAAAUACUUUCAUUAGUCCCUUGCCUUAUCUUAUAGUUAGGAUAGCCUUACGCCUAUCCCACGCAUGCUUAACCUCCUUUACUGUGUUAACCUCUAC